UCUAUUUCCAGGCUCAGUACUUACAGAGAGAGAGAUGAACAAAGGCAUUUCUUUCUCUGUCUGAGUAAGAGGAAACCAAAAACCAUUAUGGAGUUACUAAUGGACUCGGGUAAGAACCGGACUCGUUCUGGUGGUUCUUCCUCCACCGAGUCAUCUUCUUCACUCAGUGGUGGACUCAGGUUUGGUCAGAAGAUCUACUUCGAGGAUGGAUCGGGAUCCGGAGCCGGGUCAAGCAAGAACCGGGUUAAAGCGGUUCGUAAGUCGUUGACGGCGAGGUGCCAAGUGGAAGGUUGUAAAAUGGAUCUAAGCAAUGUAAAAACUUACUACUCGAGACAUAAAGUUUGUUGUAUUCACUCUAAAUCAUCUAAAGUCAUUGUCGAUGGUCUUCAUCAAAGGUUUUGCCAGCAAUGUAGCAGGUUUCACCAGCUAUCUGAGUUUGACUCAGAGAAACGAAGUUGUCGAAGACGGCUCGCUUGUCAUAACGAACGACGAAGAAAGCCACAAGCCACAACGACUCUUUUGACUUCUCGUUGCUCUAGACUCGCUCCAUCUCUUUACGGAAACGCCAAUGCUGCCAUGAUUAGAAGCGUUUUGGGAGAUCCUACUACGUGGACAACCGCAAGAUCAGUGAUGCGACGGUCUGCACCGUGGCAGAUUUACCCGGAAAGGGAAAACCAUCAAGUUAUGAAUGUUUUCGCACAUGGAAGCUCAAGCUUUACCACCACAACACGUUCAGAGAUGGUGAACAAUAUUAGCACAGACUCAAACUGUGCUCUCUCUCUUCUGUCAAACUCAAACACAAUUCCGCAGCAGCAACAACAACAACUUCAGACAUCAACCAAUAUCUGGCGACCAGCUUCAGGUUUCGAGUCGACGAUCGCCGAUAGGGUUACAAUGGCUCAGCCACCGCCCGUUAUAAUCCAGCAUCAGUACCUUAACCAAACAUGGGAAAUCAUGGCGGGCGAAAAGAGCAACUCACAGGAUAUGUCUCCUGUUUUGGGACUGAGGCAAAUCUCUGAGCAAGAUGAUUUCCAUAGAAACAAUGGCACCACAAUGGGUGGAUUCGAGUCGUCUCUUCAUCAGCAGGUUCUGAGGCAAUACAUGGAACCUGAGAACACAAGAGCUUAUGACUCUUCUCCUCAACAUUUCAAUUGGUCUCUUUGAGUCUUUUUUUUCUCUUUCACCUUUUAAAGACUUUUUCUUGGAUUAACUUGUUCAUCUGCACCAAGAGCCUCACCUGUGAAAGGUUACUACUAAGACUUGAUAGUCGCAAGAUCUUAUCAAAUUAUCUGUUCUAUGCUACUCCAGACAAUUAUGCCAGAUAAUGGCCUUUGAUUUGGAUAUUAUUUUAAUGGUUUUUGUCUUCAUCUUUA